AUGGUUCUUAGAAGGGUUGUCACAACAUGCUCUCAACCCAACACCAGUCACCACGAAGUACAAGAUACCGUCAUCCACGAUCCAAACCAUGACAUUAAAACCGGGAAACAACCCCAAGACUUCCUCCCCGUCCCCAACCCAAUGUCCAGCUACUGGCUCAAACAACCCCAUCCCUACGCCAAACUCCGCACAACACCGCACCUCCCCGUCUCCUGCGACAUCGCCAUCAUCGGCUCCGGAAUGGCCGGUAUCCUGACCGCCUACCACAUCCUACAGACCUCGCAUGCCAAUUUCCGCCAGGCUGGUACACCCAUGCCUCGCAUUGUCCUCCUAGACGCACGGGAUCUCUGCAGUGGCGCCACGGCCCGUAACGGCGGGCACUCAAAAGUCAAAACAGCCACGCUCACCAGUCUCGCGGAUGGCGCUGCCAGAACAGCGUUUCAAGACUACGUGCACCGCACGCACGUGGAGCUGAAAUCACUCGUCGACGCCGAAGGUCUCGCAGUAAAGUGCGAAUUCGAAUUACGUCGCAGUUUUGAUGUGUUUCAAGACAAGGAGGAGUUUGAGGGCGUGAAGAUGGCAUACGAUGAAGAUGCGAGGGUAGGGGAAGGUUGGACUAAGAGGACGAGCGUGGUGCCUGGGGAGUGGGUGGAGAGGAUCACAGGGGUGAGGGGGUCCGUCGGGGCGUUUAGCGUUGAAAGUGCGAGUUUCUGGCCGUACAAGCUUGUGUGUGGAGUGCUUGAAAGAAUGGUGGAGAAAUUUGGAGAGGUAUUGAAUGUACAGAUGAAUACGGUCGUGACUCGACUUGCCUCUUCCCCGUCGACAGCCAGUGUUGAGAGGACGUCCCGCGAUGCCAAUACCACUGCCACCACCACCACCCGAGUGGUGAACAUAUUGGAAACACCCCGAGGUACUCUCACGGCGAAAAAAGUGGUCCUCGCAACAAAUGCGUACACAGUCUCUCUCCUCCCUUCCUUCAGCAAGACGAUUGUACCGUACAAAGGCAUGAAUAGUCACCACGCGCCUUCUCCAUCCGCAUCAUCUUCCUCGCCCCAUUCAAACCACACCAACCACGCCACACAAUCUCACUUGAACAACACCUACAACAUCCACUUCGCCCCACUAUCCCCCAAACAACCCACGGGGUGCGACUACCUAAAUCCCCGCCCGGACGGCUCCAUCGUCGUCGGAGGCGGCAGCUGGUUCUACCAGAACAAGCACAACGAGAAAGAUGACAGUUGUGAUGAUGAUAGAUAUGCCUGGCUCAAUACGGUAGACGACAGCACAGAAACUGGACAUUUCCCAGCAGACGUUUAUGCGCACUGGACACACUACAUGUCCAACACUUUCUUCAAUCAUCCUCUCCCGUCUUCUUCUUCUCGUUUCGAACCAGAUAGUAUCUGGACAGGUAUCCAGGGUAAGACGAACAAUGGUAUGCCGCAUAUCGGACGGGUUCCUCCUCCUCCUCCUCCUCCUGACAAAAGGGACAAGCAGCAGCAGCAGUGGAUGUUGGCCGGUUUCAAUGGCGGAGGCAUGGCACUGAUUCCCCUAGCAGCCAAAGCAGUGGCGAAGAUGGUGCUACGGGAUUUGGACUUUGAACACGUGCAAGACGAGUUUGGACUGCUAGAGGGCAUGGGCACAGGGGAUGCGAGGAUGGUGUCGUGA